UUAAAACUACUGAAAUGUGCAAUCCAGGGUUAAAUAAAAUUUGCUUAAACUUUCAAAAAUUUACGAAACAAACAGGAUAAAAAAAAAGAAGUAGAAAAAAUUAAAAUAUAAUAAAGAAAAAACAACGGAACGUCAAUAAAGUUUCGUCAUGUUUCUCCAACAUUGGCGCCUAUAGUGAAUUGAAGUAUUUGAACAUUUUUAUUUUAGUAGUUUUUUAUAACUUCUAUAAACUAUAAUUUCAUAUACUCAUAAUUUAUUUGCACAAAUAACAAAAUUACAAUCAAAUUAAAUCAGACGAGGGAAAUGGAUUCGAAACCAUCCUUGGACAACGAUGAGCUGGAAAAUUUAUUACUUGAGUGUAAUGCUAUAAUUUCUGAAUAUGGAUAUUUAAAUGAAGACGCACAAAGAGACACUGAGGCUGAAGAUCUACAAAAUUUAAGAAAUGAUAUAGAAAGUUUUUGCGAAAACGUGUCUCUUCGGUUAAAUGAAAAUGUAUCUCUUCAGGUAAUUGGAAAUGGAUCCCUUCAAUUAAGUGAAAAUGGAUCUCUUCAGUUAAAAAAAAAUGUAUCUCAGUCAAAUGAAAAUGUAUCUCCUCAGUUAAAUGAAAAUGUACCUCUUCAGUCAAAUGAAAAUGUAUCUCCUCAGUUAAAUGAAAAUGUACCUCUUCAGUUAAAUAGAAAUGUAUCCCUUCAGUUAAAUGAAAAUGGGUCUCUUCAGUUAAAUGAAAAUGAAGACAGCGUAAUAUGCACGGAAGGCACAGAUAGUUUAAAUGUCCCAUCUAGCACUCGAGACACAAUCAAAGACGAUGACGUAAUAUUCGUGGGAAUAUCAGAACCAUUAAUUCCAAUUAUUGAUCUUUCUACGCCCAUAAGAGCUAGCAAAACCAUGCGACCAUCAAAAAAUUAUUCAAUAAAAGAAAAAAGUAGACAUAAAAAUGUGUUAGAAGUAAAAAAGGCGAAGUCAAAAUAUGAUACAGGCGUAGAAAACAUUGAAGCUCAGUGUCCGAUUUGUUUAGAGUCAGCGGUUAAGAAUAUUCCUACAAGUACAAUUUGUGGUCAUAUAUUUUGUAAUAAAUGUAUAGUCUUGGCAUUGAAAACUAAUAAGAAAUGUCCUCUUUGUAAAAAACGUAAUCCGCAAUUAAUCAAAUUAUAUGGACUUAAUACAAAAAUUUAAAAAUUUGAUAUUUAUUUUUUUACUAGUUAUACAAAUCCAACAAUGGAAAAUAUAUGUAUGUACCUACUUCUUAACUUAUUAAAAAAAACUUUUUUCAAUAAAUUUCAGGUAUAUUCCGUAAAUUUUAUGACUCCUAAAUUUAAAAUCCCAUUUAACAUGCAAGUAGGUUACCUACCUUAAAUGUCUCAAAUAUCAAUUAUACACACCCAAAUUUCUUUCUACACAGUCUUUUUUACAGGAUUUUGAAAUAACACGGUCCACAAAAAGCA